UUUUGCUAAUGCUGCAUGAUUUGUUCAACCUGUGGUAUCAGGACGCUGCAUUGGGAUACUGAUCCAUCAGUUCUUCAGCUCCACUCUGAUUCCGAUCUGGGACGCGGACCUGUUAAACUUGGAAUGGCCAAAAUCACACAAGUUGACUUUCCUCCUCGGGAAAUUGUUACGUAUACAAAGGAGACACAAACACCUGUUAUGACUCAGCCAAAGGAAGAUGAGGAGGAAGAUGAUGAUGUGGUUGCACCAAAGCCCUUAGUUGAACCUGAGGAAGUAAAAACGUUCAAAAAGGAAGAGGAGGAGGAAGCUGCCCCUCAUGAACUUACAGAAGAGGAAAAGCAACAAAUUUUGCAUUCUGAAGAGUUUUUAAGUUUCUUUGACCACUCUACGAGGAUUGUCGAAAGAGCCCUUUCUGAACAAAUCAAUAUUUUCUUCGACUACAGUGGAAGAGACUUAGAAGACAAAGAAGGGGAGAUUCAAGCAGGAGCAAAACUGUCCUUAAAUAGGCAGUUUUUUGAUGAACGUUGGUCAAAGCAUCGUGUUGUCUGUUGUUUGGACUGGUCCUCUCAGUACCCAGAAUUACUUGUUGCCUCUUACAACAACAAUGAGGAUGCACCUCAUGAGCCUGAUGGAGUGGCCCUUGUGUGGAAUAUGAAGUACAAGAAGACUACGCCAGAGUAUGUCUUUCAUUGCCAGUCAGCAGUAAUGUCAGCUACAUUUGCAAAAUUUCAUCCCAAUUUGGUGGUUGGUGGCACAUACUCGGGCCAGAUCGUGCUAUGGGAUAAUCGCAGCAAUAAGAGAACUCCAGUGCAGAGAACUCCACUUUCAGCUGCUGCUCACACGCACCCCGUCUACUGUGUAAAUGUUGUUGGGACCCAGAAUGCUCAUAACUUGAUCAGUAUCUCAACUGAUGGGAAGAUAUGCUCUUGGAGCCUAGACAUGCUUUCCCAGCCACAGGAUAGCAUGGAGCUGGUUCACAAACAGUCCAAGGCUGUGGCUGUUACUUGCAUGUCCUUCCCUAUUGGAGAUGUCAACAACUUUGUUGUUGGAAGUGAAGAAGGCUCAGUCUAUACUGCAUGCCGUCACGGGAGCAAAGCUGGAAUCAGUGAGAUGUUUGAAGGACACCAGGGACCAAUCACAGGUAUCCACUGCCAUGCAGCAGUUGGACCUGUAGACUUCUCACAUCUUUUUGUCACCUCUUCUUUUGACUGGACAGUAAAGCUUUGGACAACGAAGAAUAACAAACCUCUCUACUCAUUUGAAGACAACUCAGAUUAUGUUUAUGAUGUUAUGUGGUCUCCAACGCACCCUGCCCUGUUUGCCUGCGUGGAUGGGAUGGGCCGGCUUGACCUGUGGAAUCUCAACAAUGACACUGAGGUGCCAACUGCAAGCAUUACUGUAGAGGGCAAUCCUGCUCUGAACCGUGUGAGAUGGACACAUACUGGGAGAGAGAUUGCUGUCGGUGACUCAGAGGGCCAAAUAGUUAUAUAUGAUGUGGGAGAGCAAAUUGCAGUUCCUCGCAGUGACGAGUGGACUCGGUUUGGCCGAACACUGGCAGAAAUAAAUGCCAACAGAGCUGAUGCGGAAGAGGAAGCUGCAACCCGCAUCCCAGCAUAGAUCUCUGCAAAGGGGCAGCAGUGGUAGACUUGUGAAUGAUUUGGUGCGAAUCUUAGAAGUAUGAGCAAGUGUCAGUAAUAGCUUAAGGCAGUAUGCGGAUUCAACCAUGGACUUGGAAAACGUGUUAUGAUCUCUGAAAAUCAGAUCUUGCAUUGUUGACUUUUAUAUAAAACUUACAAGCACAUUAUUUGACUUAUGUAACUUUUAAUACAGUUAACUUUGACUUUGCAAGGAACUUCUUUUGCUGAAACACUAACCUGGUGUAAAUUUGCUGUUAAGCUUCUGAAAUCUCCACUUUAUAAACAGUAUGUUUCUGAAAAGUAGAAAUGGUGUUUCUAAACAAGUUCUGUUUCUAAACUAAACUUCCUGUAUUACACGUUAGCCUUCAUGAGGUAGUAAGUUUCUGAAGGGUUCUUUAAUUCAAACUGCGAGUGGAUAUGCAUGUGUAUGUUCCAAGUAAGUUUCAUUGCUUAUAUAGAGAUAAGCUUCAGGCUCUGGUAGUGAGUAAUAUGAGUGAAUAAAACAUCUGUAGUUACAGUUCAUUUCAUAAUUGGACCAGAAUUGAUGAAAUACAUAUUUAAUAACAAUAAGAAGUUCUUUUGUUUUGAAUUGGUGCAUUAAAGGGUGAGACUGAUUCAUAAAUAUUAUAUGAGCUGCCCUGACCCCCAAUCUGUCUCCCUUCAGUAGUUUCAGAGUAGAGUGUUUCUGCUGCCUGCCUUCACUUAUACUGCACAUGUCAGUUUUGCACUCCCAGCCUUUACUUCCCAUCGUGGUAGUUGGCUAAAACAAGGAAGGCCACUCUUGUUAGUUUUUUCCUUUCUGAAGUAUGAUGAGCUAUAUUUUGAAUUGAUUUCCAUAGCUGCAAUCUUGCUACUGAUUUUUUUUUCCAUAUGAAGAUAAAGAAAAAUUUUCUUGCUGCUUUUUAGCAUCUCUUUUGAAUCAAAAACCUCUCAACAGCUUGGAAAUGGAAUGUUACGAUUUCUGUUAAAGGCUGUGUUUCUUAAUAAACCUCUCCUAGGAUAUUAUAAACUUUCCCAUCAAACAUCUUCUCCCCCUUUUAUUUUUGUUAGCUUCAGGUUCACAAAUGUUUGGGGAUUUUUAAAAUAAUAUAAAGCAAGUAUUCUGACUUGUAGCAGCUGAGCACUAAACAAGUACUGAUGCCUGUGACAGCUUAGGACUCUAAAGCCAAGUUAGAACAACCCAAGUUCAGUUUCUCUCAUUCUUAAUCUGCUACAAACUAUGAUUUUUCAGAAGAGAUUUUUUUUUUUAUGCU